CGCGACUUCUUGGACUCGAACAUCCACCAUGGCCGAAGAAAUGCACAUCAAUGCCCAACGCGCGAAGCAACUCACAGACAACAUUGCGAGCAUCACAUCGCGCAUCAAUGCCGCAAGCAAGAGCGGACAGAAGGUCCGCCUCAUAGCAGUCUCAAAGUUGAAGCCCGCAAACGACAUCCUCGCCCUGCACCAGCCGCCCAACCCGCUCCAAACGCACUUCGGCGAAAACUACGUCCAGGAACUCCUCGAGAAAUCCAAACUCCUCCCACGCUCAAUACGAUGGCACAUGAUCGGCGGCCUGCAGUCCAACAAAUGCAAGCAGCUCGCCGAGCAAAUACCGAACUUAUGGUGCGUCAGCAGCGUGGACAGCGAGAAGAAGGCGAAUGAGCUGGAGAAGGGACGUAGGAGCCUGCUCGAGAAAGACUCAGAGGCCGAGAAGCUGCGCGUAAUGGUGCAGGUCAAUACCAGCGGCGAGGAAGCCAAGUCUGGCGUCGAGCCUGCAGACACAACGACACUGUGCAAACAUAUCAUUGAGAAGUGUCCGCACUUGAAGCUCUUUGGGCUGAUGACGAUUGGUGCGAUUGCGAGGAGUAGGGAGACGACGCCGGAGAAUGAGAACGAGGAUUUUGUGUGCUUGAGGGAUACGAGGGAUAGGGUUGCGGAGGAGCUGGGGUGGGAGAAGAGCAAGCUCGAGCUGAGUAUGGGGAUGAGUGCGGAUUUUGAGGGCGCGAUCAAGAUGGGGAGUGACGAGGUUAGGGUGGGGAGUGAUAUUUUUGGGGAGAGGCCAACGAAGAAGGAUGCAGUUGUUAAGGAGGAUGUGGCGGAGAAUAAGAGCUAGUCUAUGGGAAAUGCAAGACGAGGAGAAUGUAAUACUGCGUGACCAUCGUUCUCUUGCUUUUAUUGUUGCGUG